AUGUCUCUCCCGGAGGAGGACCUGAUCUGCCCCGUCUGUUGCGAGAUCUUCAAAGACCCGGUGGUGCUCUCGUGCAGCCACAGCUUCUGCAGGGCAUGCCAAGAGCGCUGUUGGGACACGGGUCUUCGCGAGUGCCCUGUGUGCCGCAAGAAGAGCUCCAAGUCUGGCUGCUUCCCCAACCUGGCAUUGAAGAACAUUUGCGAGGCCCGCCGGGAGAUGCAAGAGUUGGAGAAGACUCUGCUGUGUCCCCUGCACAGCGAGAAGUUUAAACUCUUCUGCCUGGAGGACAUGGAGCCCAUCUGCGUGGUGUGCCAGUUCUCCAAGGUGCACAAGGACCACCCGUGCUCACCUGUAGAGGAGGCGGCACUGGACUGCAAGGAUCAACUGAACGACUCCCUCAAGAGCCUGCAAGACAAAUUGGACAAACUCAAAUCCAACCACAAGACUUCCGGCGACAUGCUCCAGCACAUCAAAGAACAGGCGAUGGAGACGCAACAUCUGAUCCGGGGUAUGUUCGAGGAGCUCCGUCAAAUGCUGUGCCGGGAGGAGGAGGCCCGGCUAGCGGCGGUUAAGAAGGAGGAAGAGGAGAAAAUGGCGGCCGUCAACCGCAAAUUGAAGGAGAUGGAGGCCGACGCACUGGUGCUGAGGGAAAACAUAGGUGUGAUUCGCCAGCUGCUGAAGGAAAAUAACAUGAUUAUGUUAAAGAAGUUUAAAAAUCACCAAGACAGUAACCCAGCACUACACUCGGACAACAUGUGUGGCAUCCUCAUCGACGUCAACAACCAUCUCUCCAAUCUCAAGUAUAGAGUGUGGGAGAAUAUAUUGGAACAUAUUGAUUAUACCCCUGUGACCUUGGACCCCAACACGGCGCACCCUUGCCUCUUCCUGUCCAACGACUUGACUUCCUGUCACUACAAAGACCAGAUGAAGCGUUGCCCCGACAACCCGGAGCGCUUCCACAUGAGCGCCGAGGUGGUGGGUGCUGCCGAGAUAAGCUCCGGCAGCCACCGCUGGAUUGUGCACACAGGCAGCAAUCAGGACUGGCUGCUCGGUGUGGCCUCGUCAUCCGUCCCCAAAAACGCUGAGGUCAAUGCCAGGCCUGAAAACGGAUUCUGGACGCUGUGCUUCAGGGACGGACAGGUCAAGGCCAUGACCUCGCCUCCGACUCCACUUGAGACAUGCAGGACGCUAGAGCGGGUCAAAGUGCAGGUGGAUUAUGACCAGGGUGAAGUGACGUUCUGGGACGCCGAUGAUGACUCACUGCUUCAUGCGUACCGGCACAACUUUGAGGAAACGCUGCUUCCAUACUUUUACACGCAGAGCAACCAGCCGCUGAGAAUCCUGCCAGAAAGGGUUCGGGUCACUGUGCUCAGGCCAUAA